AUGUUACUUAAUGUGCUUUCCUUUUCGGAUUUCUGGGAUAUAAUAAACAAAUUUUUAUAUUAAAGGGGAAUAAUUGUUUAUUGCGAAAAUCAUGUAACUAAUUGUGCUUUAGUGUAUUAAAUAUUUAAGUGGUUGCAGUACUUUCAGGAUUCCUCGUUUUCAUGAGUUAUUCAUAAUAACAAAUAAUUUUUCUUAAAAUAAGGGCCUGGUUUUGUGACCAUUUAUGAAAAAGAGAUCUGAAAUGUUAUCUGGUGACCUAGGUAGACAGAAGAAUUAGUGAAUUAACUAAUUUUGAAACAUAGGUUAACAUGCAACGCAACUUUCGACCAGAAAUAAAAAGGACAGAUUUAACGCAGGCAAAUUCUUUAAUGGGUUUACGAUCUAGACCAUAUGAUGGGAAAAUAGCAGGACUGUAUGACUUGGAAGAAACCUUAGGACGUGGGCAUUUUGCCGUUGUUAAACUUGCUAGACAUGUAUUUACUGGAGAAAAGGUUGCAGUUAAAGUAAUAGACAAGAGUAAGCUUGAUGAAGUUUCCAGGGCACAUUUGUUUCAAGAGGUCCGUUGUAUGAAACUUGUACAACACCCAAAUGUAGUAAGACUGUAUGAAGUAAUUGACACGGCUACCAAACUUUAUUUGGUGUUGGAACUUGGGGACGGAGGAGAUUUAUAUGAGUAUAUAUUAAAGCAUGAAACAGGACUCCCAGAAAAGGCUGCAAAGGAGUAUUUUACUCAAAUAGUGAGAGCUAUCUCUUACUGUCACCAAUUACAUGUAGUACAUAGAGAUCUUAAACCAGAAAAUGUGGUAUUCUUUAAGAAUCGUGGAAUUGUAAAACUUACUGACUUUGGAUUUAGUAAUAAAUUUUACCCCGGGCAAAAAUUAGAAACUUCUUGUGGUAGUUUGGCAUAUUCUGCUCCUGAAAUACUAUUAGGUGAUUCAUAUGAUGCACCCGCAGUUGAUGUUUGGUCCUUAGGAGUAAUUCUCUAUAUGUUAGUUUGUGGUCAACCCCCAUUCCAAGAAGCAAAUGAUUCUGAAACACUUACAAUGAUAAUGGAUUGUAAAUAUGAUAUCCCAGCACAUGUUUCAGAUCACUGUCGAAAGUUGAUAUCGAGAAUGUUGGUAAAAAAUCCCGACAAAAGGGCUACUUUACUGGAAAUAACUAGUCAUCCUUGGUUAAGUGAUGGAAAACAGCAAGAUAUUCCCGAUAUGUUUCCCCUUGUAUCAAAAGAACAGCUGUCGGAAGAAGAUCAUAAUCUUAUUGUACAAAAAAUUGUUAAUGGAAACAUAGCAACAAAAGAGGAAAUUUUGGACUGUUUAGAAAAAAACGAGUACAAUCAUGUAACUGCUACUUAUUACUUACUUGCCGAAAGAAAAUUAAAAUCUAAAGCCCAAGAGCAACUAAACAAAAACAAGAGGCCAGAUCAACUGUCCGUUUCUCAAGCAAUACAGGCAUCAGAAAAAAAUAAAUGCACUACAACCAGGCCUUUUUUAAGUAUUCCACGGACUCCAGGUGAUUUACCACAGAGGUCUAGAAAAUGCAGCAUCGUGCAGGAGGAUGAAGAAGAGGGGGAGGAUAUUUCUCCUUGUGCACGACAAGAAAAUUUAGGUGAACCAUUAAUUCGUAGAGGAUCACGUUCGGAGGGACGUCUAAAUUUAGCUGUCCAAGAACGAAUAGCAGAAUCAGAAGGAAGAAAAGGGGAUAAGAUAAUCGAAGAUAAAAAAAAUGGAGAUAACAAAUUAACCGAUUCAAAUACUAAAGUCAGAAUGUAUAAGAGUAACCUGAAAUCAGAAAUACCCAAAGUAACAAUUAAAAGUGAUAAAGAAGUCGAGUCGGCGAAAUACAAUAAUGAAAUUCCCCCACCUUCCCAAAUUGGUACUUCUUCAUAUUUGCAGUUGAAUGAAAUCUUCGAAGAGUCGGAAAUGUUCAAUAUUUUGGAAACCACUCCAAGAAAAUUUUUAAAUAGAAAUCAACUGUACGAAAAAAGAAAACUAAAAUUCCAUAAAAAUCGUACUGCGUCAUGCAGUUCUUCAGACGCUAGCGACGAUGACAGUGAAAAACGAAAAAAACAGGCCGAGAAAUUGAACUCGUCAACAAAAUCUUUUCAGGGGAGAAGGGACAGUCAUGACGACAGCAGUGAUUCCCAGGAAACAGGUGCGAGUGCCGGAUCAAACGAAAAUAAGAAAUUUGGUUCGAAUAAAGUCUCGCUUCACUCUAAUAAAAACACAGAAUAUCAGAAACAUAAAAUUAAAAGUAACAAUAACAGCGGUAAAAAGAACACAUCAAAUACAAACUUAAUGGUUACACGAAAGCAUAAAUUCGUAAAGAAAAAAAAUGGCAAAACGGCACACCUUAAAGAAAAUCAAUCUUUAAACAGAAUAAACGAAGUACAAGAAGACGGAUCACCUUCGGUUUUAAUAUCGACUAUUUUUAGCAUACAAAGUAAUUUAUCUCUACUUGUUGCAGACAAAUCCAUAAAUGAAUCUGAAAAAUACUCGAGAAAUCAAAAGUAUUUACAGGUGGACAGCGGUGUAGCUUACUGCUCUACGAAAUGCCCAAAAAAGUAUUUAGACGCGACGUACAUAAAUUUAUUACAAAAACAAAGUAUUCACGAUCGAGUGGAAAAAUGUAAUUUAAAGAAAAAUGGUAUUUUAAGUAAGUAUUUCCACGUUAAGAAGAAAAUAUGUAUAGCUCUACCUGAAUUGUUCAACAAAACUCCGUUACAUCAAGCUCAAUCCUAUAGUUCCUUAACAAAAAAGUUUGUGUUGCAUUCCACUGUACGACCUACUGUUGUAAAUAAGAAAGGCGUUAUAAAUGUAGAAGGUGAAACAAAUCAAAAUGAAAAGAGUGAAACUUCGAGUACCCCUAAAGAGAAAAAGUUAAAUAGUGCUUGCCAGAAACUAACAAAAACUUACGCUCCUCACAUCGGCAAUGCCUCCAAAUGUUGUAAUUAGUGUUAAACUGUACCGUAUAACAAAAUAAUUUUUUUUUGUUGGAAAAUAUGUCGGAAAUAUUAAGGAUAUAUACUUUAUUGUUAUUUAUAUGUUUGAUGUACAUUUAUA